UUCCCUCCACCACCCUGCUGUGUUCUUCCGCGACUGUCUCUCUUCCCCCUUCCUCGUCCUUUCCAUUUUCUCUCUCUCUCUAAGCUGCUCUUCCAGUGGUUGAUCACGAAUUCGCAAAUCUCUGCAUCCAUGGCUAUGAUGAGUCUGCCUUGGGAUGGUUGUAUUUGAUGAUGAACCGGUGACAAAAGAAGAUACAAAGAGGGCUUUGGAAGAACAGUAUCGGGCAGAGGAGGAGUGGCCACAGACCAAUCCUGGUUUCAACAACUCUCCCUUCUAGUCUAUUAAGUACUUUAAUGCUUACGUGCUUGUAUGACGUGACAGUGACAAGGACAAAAGGAUGAGUUUGAUGAAGAUACUAGAAGAGGUGGAGGAACAGAGAAAGUACAAAGCACAAGCCCAUCUUCAUACUAUAAUAAAGGUUGCACGAGAAGAGGAUCUUGUUGACCAGAUUGGCAAAGAUAUAUACUUUGAUCUUGUGGACCAUGACAAAGUCCGAAGUUUUCGCAUUCAGAAGCAAAUGCCGUUUAGUCUUUUCAAGGAGGAAGUUGCCAGAGAGUUUGGUGUACCUGUGCAAUGUCAGCGUUUCUGGUUUUGGGCAAAGAGGCAAAACUGUACUUACCGUCCAUAUCGACCUCUGACACCCCAAGAGGAAGCACAAUCAGUUGGACAGUUAAGGGAGAUGCCGAACAAGGCUUCCAAUGCGAAAUUAAAGCUGUUCUUGGAAGUUGAGCUUGGGCUGGUUCAGGUUCCUGUUUCACCACACAAAAAAUCUGAAGAAGAUAUCUUGAUAUUCUUCAAACUUUACAACCCUGAGAAAGGAGAACUGCGAUAUGUAGGUAGGCUUUUUGUGAAGACUUAUGGUAGACCAAUUGAAAUUUUGCCAAGAUUAAACGAGAUGGCAGGCUUUAAUCAAGAUGAAGAAUUAGUACUAUUUGAGGAGAUAAAGUUUGAGCCUUGUCUCAUGUGUGAGCAUCUUGACAAGGAGACAUCAUUUCGAGCGAGUCAGAUUGAAGAUGGGGACAUCAUUUGCUUUCAAAAAGCUCAAAUAGGCAAUGAAGUUGAAUUUCGUUAUCCUGAUGUUCCUUCUUUCUUGGAGUACAUGCGUAAUCGCCAGCACGUGAUGGAAGAGCAAAGUUUCACUUUAUGGAAAUACACAUGGAAGAUUACCAACUUCACUGGCUUGACUCAAAAGAAGUACUACUCCGAAGUGUUCACGCUCAGCAACAAUGCCUGGCGAAUACUUAUCUUCCCCAAGGGGAGUAAUACAGACCAUUUGUCGAUAUACUUGGAUGUCGCUGAUUCUGAGAGGCUACCGUCCAGGUGGAGCAGAAACGCCCAUUUCAAAUUGAUUCUGAUUGAUCAGAACAAUUAUGGCAACUCUAGGAUUAGGGAGAUGGAACACAAUUUCACUGCAAGAGAGAGUCUCUCGGGCUUCACAUCCUUCAUUCUAUUGAGCGAAGUCCAUGACAGCCGUAAUGGGUAUUUAGUGAACAACACUUUGAUGGUUGUAGCUGAGAUUUUGGGUCCCCAGCUCCCAGCUGAAAAUAUUCGGUUGUCUGAACCUCCUGCAAAUAUUCCUCAUGCAACACCAACAGAUACAUUCAACACAUAUUUCUCAAAUCUUGACGAAUUUAUUAACGUUGCUGAGAGUUCUCUGGCCAGAGGAGGGUCGUACCCGAGCAAUCAAACAGGUGCUCUUUCAACUUCUGAGGCUCCCACCUUGGAAGAAGUAAAGAAGGCUAGGCUGUCUCUGAAGGAGUGCCUUUCCGAUGUCUUCAAGCUCAAUAUAAAAGACAGAUUGGCUGAGGCAGUGUCAACGCUAAGCAUAGCCAAAAGCGGGUUAUCAUGGGACCAGCAAAAGUCAGUCAAAGCCUUUUGGGCCAACUUUGACGAGUUCACAUCCGACUUUUUGACCUUUGAGCGGGACAAUUUUGAAUUUGAGAUGCAGAAGUUGCUGAAGGAUCAAAAGUUUGCAACAAUGAAGAAGAUUCAAGAGACUCACGGCUUGUAUAAGCAGCUGUUGGGUGACCUGACCGAAGAGGAGGAAGAGCUCAACAAAAAACUAGAGGAAGUGAGUUCCAGAAGAGAGAAGCUCAUUUCGGACUGGGAGAAUUUGAUGGUCGAGUCGGAAAAAGCGAAGUCUGGGUACAGGGAUCAAGAGAAAAAAGCAGCGGAGGCCGAGGAGACGAAGAGAAUAGCUGAAGAAAGAAUGUCUAGAUCGACCACUGCUUGGUCAAAUCUGAAGAUGCAUUUUGGUUGAAACCUUUUGCCUUGGAUCAGAACCGGCCAUGAGAGCACCGUUCAGAUGGAUUGCUCAUGUGAAUAGAACUCUGUGUGUAAAAUAUCUUGCUAUUAAGUGCUUUGAGUGGUGAAAGCCUGUGCCAUUGAGAAACAGUCACCUUCUGAUAAUUAUCUUGUGGGAGUUACCACAUCAGCUGUGCCUUUAUACACUUUGAAUUUCACAUUUUCUGUGGUUCUCUUUCGGCCAUUUCAUCGGAGGUUUGUAAACCUGUCGAUGCUUUGUGUCGGUCCGCUUAACCCUAUCGUGACCGAAGUUGGAUC